CCUUGCAUGACUUCAAUUUUAACGGGGGAGAUGUGGAUGAAAGAAGUGAUAAAUGGACACCCUAUUCGAUGUGUCAAUGCAUUUAGGAUGGAGCCUCAAUUAUUUUUGAGAUUAUGUAAGGACUUAUCAUUAAAUUAUGGGUUGAAAGCUAGUAGUAACAUGCCUAUUUUCGAGAAAGUCGGCAUAUUUUUGUACGCAAUUGCUCAAAGUGCCUCAAAUAGAGUUCUUGGUGAGCGUUUUCAACGUUCUGGUGAUUCUAUUAGUAGAGCAAUUCAUGAAGUUCUUAAUUCAAUUUCUUGUCGAAAGGUGAAGAGUCUUGCACAUGAUAUUAUAAAGCCUUAUGAUCCCGAUUUCACAAGUGUGCCUGCAAAAAUAGCUCAAGAUAAAAGAUAUAUGCCAUUUUUUAAGGAUUGUAUUGGAUGUAUAGAUGGUACACAUAUAACAGCAUGUAUACCUGAGGAUCAACAAAUGCCUUAUAGAGGAAGGAAAGGAAUUCCCACAUUUAAUGUAAUGGCUGUCUGUGAUUUUGAUGUGUUUUACAUUUGUAUCGGCGGGUUGGGAAGAAUAUAUUCACCCAAUGACCCCCUUUUUAGAGUUUUAGAGGAGUAUCCUGAUUUUAUACCCUCGUCGGAGCUUUCUGAUGUUCAUGUUACUUCAGAUGGUGGAAUUAGAACGGGAAGCUCUACUGAAAUGUAG